CAAUCCAGCUAAUCAAGUGAUCCACGAUUUUGAGCUCUGUCAAAAGCGUAUCCAAAGCGGAUCCAAAUCUCUUCAAAAUUUUCCGUGAAUAAUUAAAAUUAGAAAAAUGUCAUUCCCAUCUAUUCCUCACUGCAAGCUGUGCGCUUCGGACAGUUUGGAAUCCUGUGAACCACCGUACCCCAGUAUCGAACCCAUCAAACCCCCACGACCAUCAGCCACACCGGACCAUCAUGGAAUCCUCCAUGAGCUGACAUUUCAUGCAGUUCAUUCACGGCUAUUGGAGAUUGACCUCAAAAUGAGCCGGCUGGAAUCCAACUUCCACGAUGCCUUCUCCCGGCUGGAAUCCAGCGUGGCCAGAUGUCACCGAACCUUGGAACAGGUUAACGAAUCACUGUGUAGCAGCUUAAAUAGCGCGGUUCCAGGAGCAUCGUCUUCACCACGGGACAUGGUUGUCAAAAUGAAAUUUGGACGGAAAGAGCAGAAGCACCUGGCGCCGCAUUCGAUUAGCGACGCAAAUCAAGUGGAACAGUUUUUGACCAGUCCUUCAACUUCGUUACGAGGAAACAUAGUGGAACGAAGACGAAGCAGUGUUCUGUCCAGAAUCAAGCAUCAUGUCAAAGGCGCUUUCAGUUUACCGUGCGUCGUGACGCCCGUCUUUGAAAUCUAUCCGCCAAACAUAAACUCCAAAGCUGUGAAACAUCCACCACCCGCCGCCAUGACAACGGACUUGCAACCUCAGUAGGCAUUGAAGCAUAAUUUUUCAACCUUGCAGAGAUUGGCAGCAAAAUUUCAAGUGUCCUUA